CGACAACUGCCAAGUCCCCCCGAACCAGGCGCUCAGCUGUCAUGACUGACUCACGACGAACGUCGGACUUGGUCUUCGCCAAAUCCACAAGCCUGUCUGAAGAUUUCCCGGCCCUCGGGCUUCUCUCGUCAAUCUUUCUCGCGCCCUCGAGUCUUGGCACCCCACGCCUUGCUGCGCUUCAUCGACCCGAUUGCUGACUACGGGCUGCUCACGCAGUACUCCGUAAAGCUUCCGGGCAUGUAAUUAUCCCCUUCUCCUCAUCCUGGUAUAAUAAUAGGCGAUGGUAUUUGAUGUUAUCAUUCCACCCCUGUCUUGUCCGGGUCGGCUUGGUGAUUGCGACCGGGUCAACUCCGAACCCGUCCGGCGAGGGUCCCGGCCACUCACUGUUUUGCCGCUGGCUUGGAUCCGUGAGCGACCAGCACCGCCCAUGCGGCAUGUCAGCGUUUGCGCCUUCUGGCAAUUGUUGGCAACCGUCUCAAUGGAAUGCUUUGUUCUCGACUAAAACAUUGGUUGGGGAGGAUUUCCAAACUACUUCUACUCAACACAGCCCAUCUUUAUCUCCGGUUCCAUGCAGAUUAAUAUUUGUUGGCGCCCUCGAUGUCUCAAGUAUGUGCGGUGCAGCCGCCGACCUGCGAGACCCGGAAUUCAUGCACGGUGUGGCACCAGGGCAACCUGCUCCCUGUGCUAUUGCAUGCAGGCGCCACCCAUGCUCGCUUUCCAGAUGCAUGAUUAUUUGCGUUCACUGGUCGGACGCAUACAGUUGGGACUUUUGUCCUUGCUGUCGCUGGGACAAACUUUCCCAACCACUAAUGUGCUUCCAAAGGUUACCAUUCAGUAUAGUUUAUCUAUCAUAAAUAGAUCGAUCAUAGUCUGUAAUUGCUGUUCAUCAUAACCAUAUGUUUGGGCGUUAUAUCAUCGUUUCCAUCAGGUUGUCCGGCCUGCCAGCUAAUACACAGCUGGUCCAGAGCGGUUGAGAGCCCCAAUAGC